GUGUUGUUCAAGACCAUUUGGUCCGCUGCUGUACCGGUGCGCGUAUCACGGCCUGUCACGCUCUUCGAUCGUAACUUUCACGCUCCUCGUUCAUCCGUCUGCGUCACAUCGUUUCGAAUGAGGCACCCAACCUGAUGGGGUGGAUAAACGGAACGGAAUGUUACUAAUCCCUCCGAUUUUCCUCUCCGUUUCCCGCACACCUCCGACUCCAUUAUUUGCCUCCCUACUGUGAUCCCCAACGUUAUUCUCGCUUCAGAUAGCGUCAUUCGCUGGUCGACACUUACUAUCGUUUAGUUGCACGGAAUGGGCGCGGAUCAGAGUUUUACCGUUUCCAACGUUUCACGAAAAUCAAUUAAUGAUGGCUCCUCAUCCUCUCCCGCCUCUCCCGAGCGAAGUAUUCGAGCAAAUGCCUCUUUCGGCCGACUCGCUGAAGCUGGAAAAUCGUUCAGCAUGUCUUAUGUUGAGUCAUCACCUAUUAUGUUAUUCAAAAAUCCAACAACCACCACUGUUCCUCAUCGCCACGGUUCCCAUUUGAAUCGUGUUGCCUCAAAGUCACUUGUUGCCUUACCGAACCUCCCCGACAACAUUUCUCAGCCACCUUCCAUCCAUUCUCCCACCUCAUCCAUCACGGGAAUUGUGGUUGUAUCCCCUGGAUUAUCGACGAAUUUCCGAUCAUCGAGCUCCGUGGAUAUCAGCGCCCAGGAUUCUACUACCGAUCCCGCAAUCGCAGAGAUCAGAAGGCUUCGACGGCUUCCUAUUUUCCAUCCCCUCAUUCCUAGUUCGUCGACUGCGAACUUUGCACCACCAGGUACCGGUAGAGUAUACCGGCCCUCUCUCGCUCAGCUUGAUUCCAAAGACAUCGUCCAAAUUAUCAAUUGCUUCCGAGAACAUCUUGGGAAAUCGGUGGACGUCGUCGAGAAAAAGCAGGCCGAAAUUAUUGGGAUGCAGAACAAAAUUGAUUAUGAAGUCAAUCGGUUGAUGGAAUUUUUGCAGUUUCGUGAACAUGGAGUUCCAUCCACCUCCCAAAAAGUACUCAUCGAAGGAGGGACUGUGUCAGGCAAGGCAACUCAUGGCUCAACCGGAAAGAAACCAGUGGAUACAAUCGUCAUGCAAACUAGUCAGAUAUCUUGUAUGAUCGAUCAGUGCAGUACCCAGGUUCAGCAGCUUUCAGCAUCUUUGCAACAGAUUAACGACGCUUUACCAAAUGAAAAACGUCUUCCCCCAUUGAAGACCGACCUUACAAACUGAUAUUCAUGCGCUUUUGAGACAAACUAUGAAACAUUUCACCCUGAAAUUCGUUAGGAGCUGGUCACUCUUCUUCCGGAGAUAUAACUGCCACUUAAUUGAUGCUCCUGGCUGAUUUGACGGAGACGGGUCUCGUUACGUUUGUUUAAUUAUACAGACGCAAACAUUAUGCGUCAUUAAACAGAUGAACCGCUGGCUAUUGCCUGUCUACCUUUUGUUACCCUGUGAUUUCCACUCACUACUUUUGCAUCUUACCGAUCCUCUCAUAUUGAAUUAAUCAUCUUUGAUUGACACGUUGCCCCAAGAAUUUCUGUAUAGUCGUCAUAUUUCCUUUCUUUUUGUAAUCCGCUGCCUUCUCAUCCGCUUGGAUCUGGAUUGCUCGGUUCCGGUUUACAGUGCGCUUCA